UUUUCGACACAGAAGUUCGACAUGCUCAAAAAAGCAAGGCUAUUCUUUAUUUUGACAGCAGUCUUUUUUGAGCUAUGUCAAGGAAGACGGUUCACAAGGUUUGUUAUUGGAUCUGGAUGUGGAACAACAAGGGAGAUCACGAACCAUGUGGUCAGUUCUCAUCCAAAUUCCAUUCCCAACACUCCCUGUUCAAUAGUCAGUGAGGAAGUGCAAGAGUUUCAAACUAAAUCUGUGGUCCUUCUCGCUUCAUCUCAGGAAUCUUCAAUACCCCAAGGGAAAGCACAAGAAAUCAAUGGUGGAUGGAGCGUUUGGUCCGAGUGGAGUACCUGCUCAAAUGAAAUCCUGAUCCAGGAGAGAACCAGAACUUGCACCAAUCCACCCCCCUCUGCCACUCAUCUGGAUUGCGUUGGAGAUGCUGAGGAGUCAACAUCAUGUCAAGCGCAAUCUUCUGCUCCGUCAUAUCACAACACUGACCAAGGUUACAGCGGGAAUUCAAUCAGCGAACAAAGCGCUACGGAUGCCCGUCGAUGUCACAUUGUGUGUCAAAAUAGCAAUCAAGGCUGCAUUGCUUGGACAUGGAAAGCGAACGGAAUGUGUUUCCAUUACACUGAUCCUGGUCAACUGGUAUCCGAACUUGGUUCAACCAGUGGCCUGGGAGUGUCAGGGUGUCUGCAGAAAGAUGAACAACUUUUGGGUGACAAUCUGAACUUUGUGCGUGAUAUUGAUCUAGCCGAAGAAUGUCAAGAUAUUUGCCUUGGGGACAAUAAUUGUUUCUUUUUCACUCAUGACACCAGAAGCCGUAUUUGCAACUUAAAGGCUGAACACUCAGGCAUUGAAACUGUUCAAUUUUUUGUGUCUGGACCAAAACAGUGCUAACUUUUUGAAAAUUAAACGCACCAAAUCUCAA